GUCUGCUCCUGCCCCGCCGCCGCGCCGGAGCCCGGGCGCCCGAAGCUGGGGGCGCGGCCGCGCUUGCUUCGCCGGGCGGUUCGCGGGCAGGCCCUGCCCUGAAGGGGCGAAUCGGCUGGGAGCGCGGGAGGUGGAGUCGGCGCCGGCGGCCGCUCCCUGGACCCAACCCGAGGCGGACCCAGGCCCCUGCCCAUGCGGGGCGCCUCCGGCUCGGGAGAGUCCCUCGGGCCGGGAGCAGCUCCAAGCAGCGGCCCCGGAGGAAGAGGAAGAAGGGACAGUGUUCAGCGUGGACAACCCGGACCCUCGCCGCGGCAUUUGGAGCCGGGGGCAGUCCCGAACUCUGCGCUUGGCACCGCCGCUCGGAGGAGGACGGCGCCUGCCGGGACCCUGACCCGGACGCCCUGAGCCUCUUAGGCGGCGGCGCGACCCGGUUCACCCACGUCUUCCUCUGCCUGGCGGCAGUCAGGGCUCAGAACCUGCAUUAAGAAACACAUUCAGAUACAUCAUCCCUCUGUAGAGCACCUGCCGUGAGCCAGAAAGUAUUAUGAGGGAGGCCGAGGACUUCAUGCUCCGGACAGAGAAACGGCGCUGGGCUUAGGGAUUGCCACCUCUGAGAGGAUGCUGGGGAUCUGCAGGGGGAGACGGAAAUUCCUGGCCGCCUCGUUGAGUCUCCUCUGCAUCCCUGCCGUCACCUGGAUUUACCUGUUUUCUGGGAGCUUCGAAGAUGGAAAGCCCGUGUCUCUGUCACCGCUGGAGUCCCAGGCGCACAGCCCCAGGUACACGGCCUCCAGCCAGCGGGAGCGUGAGAACCUGGAGGUGCGCAUGCGCGAGGUGGAGGAGGAGAACCGCGCCCUCCGCAGGCAGCUCAGCCUGGCCCAGGGCCGAGCCCCUGCCCAUCGACGAGGCAACCACUCCAAGACCUACUCCAUGGAGGAGGGCACUGGAGACAGCGAGAACCUUCGGGCUGGCAUCGUGGCAGGCAACAGCUCCGAGUGUGGGCAGCAGCCGGUCGUGGAGAAAUGCGAGACAAUCCACGUUGCUAUUGUCUGCGCCGGAUACAAUGCCAGCCGGGAUGUCGUCACCCUGGUCAAAUCCGUCUUGUUCCAUAGGCGGAACCCUCUGCACUUCCACCUCAUUGCUGACUCCAUUGCGGAGCAGAUCCUGGCCACGCUCUUCCAGACCUGGAUGGUGCCCGCCGUGCGUGUGGACUUCUACAACGCAGACGAGCUCAAGUCUGAAGUUUCCUGGAUCCCCAAUAAACAUUACUCUGGGAUUUACGGUCUGAUGAAGCUUGUCCUGACCAAGACUCUUCCUGCCAAUCUGGAGAGAGUCAUCGUACUUGACACGGAUAUCACCUUUGCCACCGACAUUGCAGAGCUGUGGGCUGUGUUCCACAAGUUCAAAGGUCAGCAGGUCCUGGGCUUGGUGGAGAACCAGAGUGACUGGUACCUUGGAAACCUGUGGAAAAACCACCGCCCUUGGCCAGCCCUUGGAAGAGGCUACAACACAGGGGUGAUCCUGUUACUUCUGGAUAAGCUGCGGAAAAUGAAAUGGGAACAGAUGUGGAGGCUGACGGCAGAGAGGGAGCUCAUGGGCAUGCUGUCUACAUCUUUAGCUGACCAGGAUAUUUUCAACGCUGUCAUCAAACAAAACCCCUUCCUUGUGUACCAACUCCCCUGCUUCUGGAAUGUGCAGCUGUCAGACCACACCCGCUCCGAGCAGUGCUACAGAGACGUGUCUGAUCUAAAGGUCAUUCACUGGAACUCCCCCAAGAAGCUCCGGGUGAAGAACAAGCACGUGGAGUUUUUUCGCAACCUCUACCUGACCUUCCUGGAGUACGACGGGAACCUUCUGAGGCGGGAACUGUUUGGCUGCCCCAGUGAGGCUGAUGUCAACAGUGAAAAUCUCCAGAAGCAGCUGUCUGAGCUGGACGAGGACGACCUGUGCUAUGAGUUCCGGCGAGAGCGCUUCACUGUCCACCGCACCCACCUCUACUUCCUGCACUACGAGUAUGAGCCUGCGGCAGACAGCACGGACGUCACCCUGGUCGCUCAGCUGUCCAUGGACAGGCUCCAGAUGCUGGAGGCCAUCUGCAAGCACUGGGAGGGGCCCAUCAGCCUGGCCCUCUACCUGUCAGACGCCGAAGCCCAGCAGUUCCUCCGCUACGCACAGGGCUCCGAGGUGCUUAUGAGCCGCCACAACGUGGGCUACCACAUCGUGUACAAGGAGGGCCAGUUCUACCCCGUGAACCUGCUGCGCAACGUGGCCAUGAAGCACAUCAGCACGCCCUACAUGUUCCUGUCCGACAUUGACUUCCUGCCCAUGUACGGGCUCUAUGAGUACCUCAGGAAGUCUGUCAUCCAGCUCGACCUUGCCAACACCAAGAAAGCGAUGAUUGUGCCUGCAUUCGAGACACUGCGCUACCGGCUCUCUUUCCCCAAGUCGAAAGCGGAGUUGCUGUCAAUGCUAGACAUGGGGACCCUCUUCACAUUCAGGUACCACGUCUGGACGAAAGGCCAUGCACCCACAAACUUCGCCAAGUGGCGGACCGCCACCACGCCUUACCGGGUCGAGUGGGAGGCCGAUUUUGAGCCGUAUGUUGUCGUGAAACGUGACUGCCCGGAGUAUGACCGGAGGUUUGUAGGCUUUGGCUGGAACAAAGUGGCUCAUAUCAUGGAACUGGAUGUGCAGGAGUAUGAAUUCAUUGUGCUGCCCAACGCCUACAUGAUCCACAUGCCUCAUGCCCCCAGCUUCGACAUUACUAAGUUCCGUUCCAACAAGCAAUACCGCAUCUGUCUCAAAACCCUCAAGGAAGAGUUUCAGCAGGACAUGUCCCGCCGCUAUGGCUUUGCUGCCCUGAAAUAUCUCACAGCCGAGAACAACAGCUAGCACCAAGAAGCCCACCACUAGGGAGAGACCUGCUGCAGGGAAGUGCCACUCGCUGUUCGGGGCCCAGCCUUCAAAUUCAAAAUUGAGCCAUGCUUUUUUGGUUUGUUUUUAUUUAUCUCUUUGGCCCAGCCAAGCUGCCCUCACUACAGAGACCUUGGACGAGGAUCCAGCCAGUCCCUCUCUGCCCCACAACCCUGCAUCCUGCAUUCCCAGAGAGUAGAUAAUGCAGCCCAGCUAGAUGAGUCUCUUCAAGAAUGGGAAAUCAGAGGGUGAGGAGUAAAAAGAUUAACAUCUUACUGCAGAGCCACAGAUCAAGGCAGGGCUUUAGGAUGUUCUGGUUGCUUUUUAAUAAUUAGGCUUCCCAUCAUCACUGCGGAGAAAGGGAAGUCAAGGUGCUGGGGUGAAUAAAAGCAAAAUUGUCGUUAUUUAGUGGAAACGUUCCCCUUUGCCCUGCACCGUUGCUGGGCAUUCAAAUGGAGUUAUGAACCAACCAUUUGGAAAAACCCAACGGGGACAUUGUAGCCAGAGGGUCCUGGAGGUAGGGUUGGUUUCCUUAUCCCCAAAGUCACUCUUUUUUUUUUUCCUUGGGGGUUUAAAUGUUUGCUUAUUUUGGGGGCUGGCAAUCCAAAAUAGAAUAUCUGAUCCUUUAAGGCUCUAAAGGAAAAUCAGCUGCCUCUGUCAGCAGUGGCCCAAGAAGGAGGUCAAGUGUCUUCGGCCAAUAUUUAAACUCGGGAAGCUUCCUUCAGGAUGAUCACCGAGGCUCCCAUGACUUUGAAUUCCCUACUGUCCAGAGUCCAGGGGCUACGAUGGGGACUGCGGAAUCACGAGGGCUGACUGUUUCACACCGGUCCCAUUUUCUAUUGGCAGUGACUGAUGCAUGGGAAAGGGCUUUGAAGGAACUAGAAUGCACACGUAAGGUACGAACCUCUCCGGCGUUUAGAAGAACUUUAGUAAUUCAUGCGAGCCCAGUUCUGAAGAUUCAUGUGUCCAUCUGGAGACCUCCAAGAAGAACGUCAUUGGGUUCCUCUGGUUCUUGCCUGCUUCACUGUGGAUGGAACGAGGUGACAAACCUCAGUCUCCCUUUGGGACCUGUCCAAGGGUAGGCAACCACCUUCACCUUCACGCAGACUGAGGAGACACUGGACUUUUUACCCAUUUUCUUUAAUCUUCAAUAUUAAUGUUGUGUUUACACUGAUGAGAACAAGAGUUAAUGCCCUAUCCUCUGCUGGGCUGUUUGUAUUGAGUUGCAAUGUGACCAGCGAAAGCUGCAUUUAAUAAAUGAAAGUACAGACUCUUU